AUGCCCCCGAACGCAACCCAGCACCCUCGCAUGGUCAUAUCGUUCAUCCUCGUCAGUAGCAGCAACGACGACGAGGUCCAGGACAACACUAGCUGCCCACAGCCGCAGGACGCGUUGCCGAGCGCUGGCUACCGCCACCCGCGACGCCAGGUAGAGCAGACAGGCAGGAAGCAGUGCGACUACCCGCGCUGCAAGCGAGCAUCGUCGCGCGGAACGAACCGGUGCGUCAGUCACGGUGGCGGCAAGGCGUGUACCGUCCCGGGCUGCAACGUCGCUGCACAAAGCCAUGGCCUCUGCAAGAAGCACGGCGGUGGCCCGCGCUGCUUGGUGCGAGGCUGUAGCAAAAGCUCCCAAGCCGGCGGCAAGUGCAUCGCGCACGGCGGUGGCCAGCUCUGCAUGCAGCCAGGCUGCCACAUGCGAGCGCAGCGUGGCAAGCGCUGUUCAAUGCACGGCGGCUUUGUUCUCUGCGCGGCCGCGGGCUGCUUCAACAAGGACCGCGGCGGCGGCUUGUGCAACCAGCACCGCCAGCAUCUGCUCUGCAGCGUCCCCACAUGCAAGCGUCUCGGCAAGGUCGAUGGCGUUUGCACGCAGCACUACAAGAUCGCCAAGCACGCCACGGACCAUAGCAACGCCGACGGCGUCGUCCCGCACCCGCCUGGCCUAGAGCGCAUCGAGCUGUAG